GGAGGACUCGUCAUCCCUCUUUUGUUGUGACAAGGUACGAAGCUCUUUAUAUUGAUCUUGAAAAUUAAUUUAUAACAAUGAAAUAUUUCGUUUUCAGUUUACAUCUAUUUUUGAAUUUUAUGAGUAAAAAAACUAUUAUUCAUAAUAACUAGAUCAGUCAAUUUAUAUAAUAUUACGUGGAAACAAUAUUAUGCUUUGUGCAGUCGCAUCUUGCAUCACUGUUAUAACCUCCAAUUUCUAUCCUUUUUACGUUAUUUCAAGUCUUCUCAGAGAAUUUGGCUGAAUCGCCAUGCGUUUCUGAAAAUCCUUCAAAAGAAAGUUAUUUGAGUAAAUUUUGGUAAUUAACUCAAUUACAGUUGUUAGGUAAUUUUCCAAAAAUGGCACUAAAUCCGGCAUACGAAGCUAUUGGAAAGGGUUUCGUGCAACAAUACUAUGCUAUGUUCGACGACCCUGCCCAAAGGCCAACAUUGAUAAAUUUAUACAAUGCAGAAACGUCGUUUAUGACAUUUGAAGGGAUGCAGCUACAAGGGGCUGUGAAAAUCAUGGAAAAAUUAAAUAGUUUAUCUUUUCAAAAAAUCGAUCGAGUAAUAACUGCAGUAGAUUCACAACCAAUGUUUGACGGUGGCAUCUUAAUUAAUGUCCUGGGACGUUUAAAAGCGGACGACGACCCUCCGCAUGCUUACUCGCAGAUCUUCGUGCUGAAGCCGUUGGGCAAUUCUUUCUACUGUCAGCACGACAUCUUCCGUCUGGGUAUCCACGACACGGCCUGAAACGACAUCGCUACGACUUUUCAAAGACAAAAAUGAUUUCAGUGUUGUGAGCGCACGCGUGCGGGAGUAAAAGACUCAUUUAUCUAAUAUAUAGUAGCCUAUUUUUAUUAAUUAAUUGAUUCAAAUUAAAACUGAAUAGCUGUUGAAAUUUUUGUUGGUUUGCUACUUUGUCGUCAUGUUCAGGUUUCCAAUUACAUCGAAAAAUAUUUCAUACGGUUUGCUUUCAAAUUAAAAUGCUACGGCCCGGUUUUAAGAACAUUUGGACCAUUUAACACAAUCUAAUGAACCAUUAAACCUAUCGAUUCAAGGUCCAUUAAAUUUAGUUAGUGUCCUUCAAAUCGGGCCUAAAUCAAGAUGUUUCUUUAUUGUUAUAUUCAGGAAUCUGUAGUUUUGAAUUACACAAAAAUCAUUCUGCCAUAUCAUAUACGUUGAUUAUUAGAAGAUAAUGAUCUUGUAAUUGAUUAAUCAUGUUGAUUAAUUUGAUCGGCUUUGUUCAGAUUCAAGCUUAAACUUUCAAGAUUCAUAAUAAUGCAGUGAUAAUACUUCAAAAAUUGGAUUGCUGUUGUCAAUAUGAUUGUAUAAACUGUAUUUGCAUUGAAUACUCAACUAAGGUAUAUUUUCAAGUGAUUCCCAUAAUUUUAUGAUUAAAUUAUUGUGAUAGUUUUGUUAUCGUUCAGUGCUUUUGAAGCGUAUUUAUUUUCUGUAUUUUUACUAAUUUUGCUCAUACUCAGAAUAUAACUGAGCACUCUAAUUAUUCCAAAGAAUCUGCACCAAUAACACAUCACAUAGUUAUAUUGAUAACUUCUGCGAAUAUUAAAGUCACAAAACAAAAACGAACCCACUUGGUUCGAAAAAUUAAUGAAUCAACAAUGUUUUGAAACAUGAACUUCUAUUAAUUACGAUUUCUUCUACUAAUUUUCCAUUCACUAUAUAAUUAAAUUUAUAAAUUCAGUUACUUGAAUUUAUCCAGAUAACUUGUUUUUUAAGCACAUAAUUACUUUGAUGUUUGCAUCAAGAAAAUUUCACUAUUUUUCAAUUUCUAUUUUUGUAUACUAUGUCAUCUUAAUCUCUUUGGAUUGUUACACCUUAUGAAUAUCGGGCGAUUAUAAUUUGAUUAACGUUCAAAUGGAUGAAAACUAAUCUUUCUGUACAAUGAUUGUCUGUAAUUUGCAUUUUCAAUAAAUUUGUUUCAGUUAUUGUACUACCA